AUGUUUGCUUUCUUUCUCUCUUUUCACAUCUUCCUUCUUGGAAAGAUGCAGAUACUACCUUUCCUUCUCUUCUCUGCUUACCCUCUCUUCCUUGGGAAGAUGCAUCAGUUUAUAGCUGUCUUUUUCCCCCAUGUUUUCUUAUCAAAUCUACCUCUGUCAGUUCAUAUCUUUCUACAUCUACCUCGCUAUCCUCCAUGGUUCAUAGUUAUUGCUUUAUAUAUUCCUAGCUCUGUCCAUAUCUACCUCAGUUUGUUCAUACCUUUCUAUCUGGAUUCAUAUUUAUUGCAUUAUAUAAAACAGGCUGAAGUUUAUGUUUCUUGUCUUUUCAUAUCUAUCUCAUUCCCUUCAUAUCUUCCUAUCAUGGUUUAUAGUUUAUACGUUGUCUUUUCAUAUCUAUCUCAUUCCCUUCAUAUAAUGCUGCAGGACGUCCUAGCCUCUGCAUUAAAUGACAACGCCGUCCUGUCCUUGUUUAUAUGUUCCAUCUUUUCAUAUCUACCUCAUUCUCUUCAUACAUUUCUAUCAUCAUUCAUAGUUUAUAUGUUCCAUCUUUUCAUAUCUACCUCAUUCUCUUCAUACAUUUCUAUCAUCAUUCAUAGUUUAUAUGUUCCCUGUUUUUUCAUAUCUAUCUGA